AUGAGCAAUAACAAUGGCCUGAGUAAAGAUCAGACUUUGCUAGCACGGCUGAAUGCAUUGAAGCAAUCUACAAUUGAUCUUGAUGCUAAGAAGCAUGUCUUCGAGCCAAAUGCAUCUGCUUCCUUGCCAGUGGACUCUGCUCCGGCCCGGGACCUGCAUAAGGAUCUAGUCUCACGAUUCAAGACAUUGAAUGGCCAGGGCGAGAGCUAUACUGUACCAAGUGGAGCCGGUCAAGACGAGGAUCAAUUUCAAUUAUUUGUAGAUGAGGACGGAAAGACUGUGGAUGAAAUGCUCGCCGAACUUGGUCCCGAAGAUACCUGGAAUCUACAGAGGGACGAAGAGGCGCAAAUUACUGAUCUUAUAAAGGCUGCCCAAAGUGAGCUCAAUACAUCCAAGGCUCGUUCGCAGUUGCUAGCUGAAGGCGGGCAAGGCGACAAGGAUGAACCGACUCCUGGGGAGAGAGGGAACGAGCGCUCAAACUUCAAGCAACCUGUGACGAAAAGUCCGCCAAAGCAACCGAUAGAGCCAACCGAGGAAGAGCUAGACGAGGAAGCUGAUGAGUACAUUGCAAAGUUAUUGGAAGAAAUUGGGCGUGUGCCUGAAGUCAAGCAUGAGCAAGAUACAAAUAUGGACGAUGUCUCAAAUCCGCACGAUUCAAUCGCGAAUUCUCAAUCUCCCGCUAAGCUGGGUCUACCCUCAGCAUCUCCAAGAGAGCCCGAUCCGCCCACCUACUCUGAGGUCACAGCCGAUGACAACCUUGCGUCAAGAUUAGCUAGCCUAAACCUGCCGUCUGUACCUACAACUACGAUGUCUGAGCCAGCCAAACCGACUCAAAAGCAGCAGUCAAAAGGUUAUACAGACGAUGAGAUCGAAUCAUGGUGUGUCAUAUGCAACGAUGAUGCGUCGCUAGUCUGUGCCGGCUGCGACGGUGACCUAUAUUGUACAAAGUGCUGGCUCGAAGGCCAUAAAGGUCCGGAUGCUGGCUAUGAAGAACGAACUCAUCGGGCCAAAGAGUAUAUCAGGGGAGGACAAGCCAAACACCAAGCUGCCCGACGCCUUGUAGGUGCUUGA